AUGACACCCCCAGUCACCAAAAUCGCGCUCCUGCGUCUGAAAUGCGAGCCUCCCUCCGCAUCAUUCAAAACGCUCCUCCUCGAAGGCAUCGAAGCGCAAGCCAAAUUCUCCUCUUACCCGGUCCGCCUCUUCUCCCAAGUCGAGGAUCCCUCGCUCAUCUACCUCGUCGGCGGAUGGGACUCGGCCCAGCAGCAUUACGAUUGGAUUCCCUCGGCUACGAAUCAAGGGAUCAUGGAACGGCUCUCGAAGGAGAUGGAGGUGGUGUGGAUGUUCCAUGUGGAUGGUGAUGCGGCGCGGCAGGGGGAGUUACUGACCGAAGCAUCUGUUGUUGCUGUGGGGCGGUAUUUCAUGACCGCUGAGGAGAAAGAGGGGUUUAAACGGGUGUUUGAGGAGACGCAGCAUCAUCUAGAGGGGUUUACGAAGCCGUUACCUGUAUUCAAGGGGUGGAGGAUUGAGAAGGAAGAAGGGAAGGAGGAGUUUGUGCUGUUUAGUGGGUGGACGGAGGUGCAGCAGCAUUUCGACUUUGCCCGGUCCGAGGGAUUCCAGGAGUUUUCGAAGAUCAACGAGUAUGUGGACUCGGCGGAGAUCAAGCAUAUUGUUCGAUGGGAGGAUGAGUGA